CCAUGUACGCCCUUCGUAACAUCUCGCGUCUCUCAAGGAGCGCUGCUGCCAUCAAGACUGCCCCUAAGGCCUUCAACGCCGCCUUCAUGAAGAAGGCUGGCUAUGCCUCUGAGGCCAAGUCCUCUGGUCAGAUUCGCUCCGUUAUUGGUGCCGUCGUCGACGUUCAGUUCGACCAGGGCAAGCUCCCUUCUAUUCUCAAUGCUCUUGAAGUCAAGAACCUGGACCGCCGUUUGGUUCUUGAGGUCGCUCAGCACUUGGGAGAGAACACUGUCCGUACUAUUGCCAUGGACGGUACUGAGGGUUUGGUCCGUGGUCAGCCCGUCGAGGAUACUGGUGCCCCCAUUACUAUUCCAGUAGGUCCUGAGUGCUUGGGUCGUAUCAUCAACGUUAUUGGUGAGCCCAUUGAUGAGCGUGGCCCCAUCAACGCUAAACAGUCCGCCCCCAUUCACUGCGAAGCUCCCGAAUUCGUUGACCAGUCCGUCGUUCCCGAGGUUCUCGUCACUGGUAUCAAGGUCGUCGACUUGCUCGCCCCCUAUGCCCGUGGUGGUAAGAUUGGUCUCUUCGGAGGUGCUGGUGUCGGAAAGACUGUGUUCAUUCAGGAAUUGAUUAACAACAUUGCCAAGCAUCACGGAGGUUACUCUGUCUUCGCUGGUGUCGGAGAGCGUACUCGUGAGGGUAACGAUUUGUACCACGAGAUGAUGGAAACCGGUGUCAUCAAGUUGGAUGGUGAAUCUAAGGCUGCUCUUGUGUUCGGUCAGAUGAACGAGCCCCCAGGUGCUCGUGCCCGUGUCGCCUUGACUGGUUUGACCAUUGCUGAGUAUUUCCGUGAUCAGGAGGGUCAGGAUGUGUUGCUCUUCAUUGACAACAUUUUCCGUUUCACUCAGGCUGGUUCUGAGGUGUCUGCCUUGUUGGGUCGUAUUCCCUCUGCUGUCGGUUACCAGCCCACUCUUUCCACUGAUAUGGGAGGAAUGCAGGAACGUAUUACCACCACCAAGAAGGGUUCAAUUACCUCUGUCCAGGCCGUCUAUGUGCCCGCUGACGAUUUGACCGAUCCUGCUCCUGCCACUACCUUCGCUCACUUGGACGCCACCACUGUCUUGUCCCGUGGUAUCUCUGAAUUGGGUAUUUACCCCGCUGUCGACCCUCUUGACUCUAAGUCCCGCAUGUUGGACCCCCGUAUUGUCGGCGAGGAGCAUUACGAGACUGCCUCAAAGACCCAGCAGAUCCUUCAGUCUUACAAGUCCCUCCAGGAUAUCAUUGCUAUUUUGGGUAUGGACGAGUUGUCUGAGGAGGACAAGUUGACUGUCGAGCGUGCCCGUAAGAUCCAGAAGUUCUUGUCCCAGCCCUUCACUGUCGCCCAGGUCUUCACUGGUUCCGAGGGUCGCCUUGUCAAGCUUGAGGACACCAUCCGUUCCUUCAAGGAAGUCCUUGAGGGCAAGCAUGACCACCUUCCCGAGGCUGCCUUCUACAUGGUCGGUGAUAUUGAGGACGCCACUGCCAAGGCUGCCAAGAUUGCCGCUGAGAUCUCUGGUGGCAACUAAA